CCCUCAUUUCCUCUUUGCUCACACACCAACGAGCAGAGCAAUGCCAGUUUCAACCAAGGCAAGCAACGGCAGCGGGCCACCCACCCCCAGACCCAAGGGACCUCCUGCCCCCAGAAUCCAGGACCAGCCGCUCAGCCUCACCAACCCAGCCAGCUGGAUCCCCUACCUCCAACUGAUGCGCCUCGACCGGCCGGCGGGGUUCAUCGGCUUUUACAUGCCCUCGAUCCUGGGGCUUGUGUACGCCGCCAGUCUCGCGGGCCCCGAGACAGUACCGAUGCGCCAGCUCCUCACACAGGGCAUCUUCUGGCUGGUAGCCAACAUCCUCAUCCGGGGGGCGGCCUGCACGUGGAAUGACAACCUUGACCAAGAGUACGACCGGCAGGUGGACCGGUGCCGGGGGCGGCCGAUCGCGCGCGGGGCGGUGUCGACGCAGCAGGCGCACGUCUUCCUGGCGCUGCAGCUGGCGCUCCUGGGGCGACUGUUCCAUCCUCUGCUCUCCUUCUCCUCGAAACAGACCCCGUCCGCCAACGCCGCCUACGCCGCCGCCGCCAUGGGCGCCCUCUACGCCCUCUACCCCUUCUGCAAGCGCUUCACCCACUACCCGCAGGCCAUCCUCGGCGUCCCGCUGGCCCUGGCCAUCGUCCUGUCCGCCUACUCGGUUGUCGGUGAUAGUCCCCAAGGAGAAGAUGCCCGGAGCAAGCGAGGAGACCCCUUCCGCGACCGCCCCACCACCGCCGCCACCCUCGCCCUCGCCCUCGCCGAGAUCCUCUGGACCAUGAUCUACGACACCAUCUACGCCCACCAGGACCUGCAGGACGACCUCCGCGCCGGCGUCAAGUCCAUGGCCGUCCGCUUUCGUCACUCCACCAAGCCCCUCUGCGCCGCGUUGGGGGUGGGCCAGGUCGCUUUGCUUGCCUGCGCCGGCGUCUGGACUCACAUGCCCCCCGUGUACUUUGUCGUUGGCGUUGCGGGGUCCGCUGUUGCGCUGGUCGUCAUGCUGGUCUCGGUGGAUCUGGCGGUGCCCGCUAGCUGCGCUCGCUGGUUCAAGUUGGGGUUCUGUUUUGUGGGUGGCUGCAUGAAUUGCGGGUUCUUCGCGGCUUAUUUGGUGAGGUGGUUUGGCUGGGCGUGA